AAUAGUAUUAAAUAUAUGGACUAUGAUAAUUUAUUAUGAAUUUAGAACCAAGCUUUGUUCCAAACCUAGCAUUUGAUUAUUUAAAAGAAGUGGAAAUAUCCUAUUCAGUGACAGGAUGCUUUAGUGAACAAGAUCUGGAAGUUUUUCAUUCAUUUUUUGGAGAACAUUUAGUAGAUGCUACAGAACUAUUGGAGAAAUGCAAAAUUAUAAAAUAUAGUCUUACUGAUGACUCAAGGAGCAUAUUUAAAAUAAUUACUAAACAUGAGCAGUAUUCCAUAUUUGACAACAUCAAUUUUUGUAACUGUAAUAUUUUCCGUUCACAAGUCUUAGAGUUGAAGAAUGCUAUAACAUGUAAGCACAUUUUGGCCGUGAAGUUAGGUGAAAUAACAGGUCAUGUAGUUAAAGAAACUGUUACUGGAUCUCAGUUGGUGGAUUUUUUAAAUGAGCAAUUAAAUUGUCUUGACAGGGAAUAGUUUCACUUGUUAAUAUAUUUAUUUUAAAUUGAAUAAUAAUUAAAUUUAUCAUGACUUAAUCAUAAGAUAUUCAUACCUGCUAAAUCAUUAUGAAUUGUAGUUCCAGUCAGUGAAUCAUCCCCCUCGAUCAAAUUUAGCUGUGAAGAUCAGACUCUAUUGAAUAAAUAUUUUUGACGAAAUUAUCAAUAUGCCAAUUUCAAAAGAUCUUUUAAGACUUAAAAUCAGACAAAUCUAAUAUAACUAUUUUUGUUGCAUCAAAUAUUAUAGUGAUAAAAUUUUGAAGUCAGUAAAUUAAUAGGUUCUGUCCCAAACUUUGUUAAUUAGGAAGAGAAAACCUUAUAUUAAUUUAGUGGCUUACAUCGGGGCACUCGGAUUAACGAAUUUCAUUACGUAGGCCAUCUAAACGUUAUAGACAAACAAAUAUAUGGUUCACAUUAUAUAUUAACAAGGUUUCAAUUUGCAUUUUUAUUUUUCAAUGUGGGUCAUACUAAUAUGGAUGAGAAUUAAGUUACAACUUGAGUACUACAUUUGUGAAUUAUUUUCACACAGAAACAACCGCCAUCUGGCAAAAGUAUUUAAUAAUAUAUAAUAUUAAUUGUAUAUUAUUAUUUAUCAAUAUAUUUAUAUUGACCAUUAACAAUGUAGUUUCCUAAUUAUUUAUUAACAUAUCCUAGUUAGGUUGAUUUUUUUAUAUUUGUAUUUAAAGAAUCCUAUUAUUAAACUUAUAUUAUUUGUAUUUUUAUAUGUUUUACUUCAAAAACUAAUUUAUUGAAUAUAUCGCUGGCUUACAAGAACAUCUCAACACUAUAGUCUUGUUGAGGAUGUUCUAUUAUAUACCUUACAUUGUGAUAAUUUAGUGUCUGUUUUACCUUUACCAUCAAAGUUCAAAAUAACACACUAUCAAACUCAAUUAAAAAAAUGGAGUUUAAUUGCUUAUUAGGAUAUUAAUUAGGAUUUCAUUCAUUAUUCCCGAGACAAUAAUCAUGAUAUGGUGAGUUAUGUCAUGGUUGCUUAGCAAUAAAGCAAUCGAAUUUGCCAUAAUACGAAUAAAAUACAAACAAAAUAAAACUUUUAUUAUAAAAAAACACGUUGAAA